CUAGGCAUGCAGACUGCUUCUACAAACAUUUGUGAAAGAAUGGGUCAUUCUCAGGAGAUCUGUGAAUUCAAGCGUGGUACCGUGAUAGGUUGUCAUCUGUGCAAUAAGUCCAUCCGUGAAAUUUCCUUGCUACUAAAUAUUCCACGGUCAGCUGUUAGUGGGAUUAUCACCAAAUGCAAUGCAAAGUGUCAGAUGCAGUGGUGUAAAGCACGCCGCUACUGGCCUCUAGAGCAGCGGAGAUGUGUUCUCUAGCAUGACUAAUCAUGCUUCUCUGUCUGGCAAUCCAAUGGGUGUGCCUGUUGCCAGGAGAAUGGUACUUGCCUGACUGCAUUGUGCACUGCACAAGUGUAA